AUGUCGGCAAUUCGUGCGCUUGUUCUAGGCUCUGGUGGUCGUGAGCAUGCGCUUGCUCUGCACCUGCUCCGCUCGGAGCGUGUAGAGCAUGUGUAUGUAGCGCCUGGCAAUGGCGGUACAGCGACGCUAGGUCAUCGCUGCACCAAUUUGGCCUCCCCCAAAGCUAGUGGUGAUUUCUCGGACAUUGCGCAAUGGGCAAAGGACAACAAGAUUACAUUGUGUGUGCCAGGCCCAGAGGCGCCUCUGGUCGAAGGCGUCGAGACGGCUUUCCGCCAAGUCGGUAUUCCAGUGUUCGGCCCCUCGAAGGAGGCAGCGCAGAUGGAAGGCUCCAAGGCCUAUGCCAAGGACUUUAUGGCACGUCACCAUAUCCCUACGGCGGCGUACCGUACUUUUACGGCCGAUCAAGUCGAUGCCUGCAUGGCGUACAUUCAAGAGUUGGGCGGUGCGAAGGCCAUAGUGCUCAAGGCGAGUGGCCUGGCCGGCGGCAAGGGUGUGAUUCUCCCUGAGACGGACGAAGAGGCGUAUGAGGGUGUGCAAGAUCUGCUGGUGAAGAAGGUGUUUGGCGAUGCUGGCGAUGCCUUGGUCGUCGAGGAGCGUCUGGACGGCUCGGAGCUUUCCGUGCUGGCCUUCUCGGAUGGCUACACUGUUCGUGCGCUGCCUGGCUGCCAGGACCACAAGCGCAUUGGCGAGGGCGAUACGGGCCUGAACACAGGCGGUAUGGGUGCAUACUGCCCGACGCCGGACGGUACUGCGCCAGGCAUGGAAGAACGUAUUCGCAACGAAGUGCUCUUGCCGACCAUUGAGGGUAUGCGUCGCGACGGCACACCCUUUGUCGGCAUGCUGUUCGUCGGUUUGAUGCUUACCAGCAAGGGGCCGAAAGUGCUCGAGUACAAUGUACGAUUCGGUGAUCCAGAGACGGAAGCUGUGCUGGAACUGCUGGCCGAGCCAACGACGUUGACGGAUGUGAUGAUGGCAUGUGUCGAGCGCCGUUUGGACUGCGUAGAGCUGGCUGUGCGUCCCGGUUUUGCAGUGAGCAUUAUCAUGGCCAGUGGUGGCUACCCCGGCAAGUACGCGACGGGCGUCCCGAUCGAUAUGAGUGCGGUGCCGGGCAAUGUGUCUGUGUACCAUGCUGGCACGAAGCGUCUUGAGGAUGGGACGCUGGUCACGGCUGGUGGUCGUGUGCUGGCCGUGUCGGCGGUCGGCAGCACGCUGGAAGAGGCAUUGGAGCAUGCGUACGCGGGCGUGAACAGCAUUCAGUUUGACGGCAUGGUCUUCCGCCGCGACAUUGCGCACCGUGCGCUCGGCAAGGCAGCGUCCACCUCGGAGAGUCUGACGUACGCAGCGGCAGGUGUCGACAUUGAUGCGGGCAAUGCGCUGGUCGAGCGCAUUAAGCCGCUGGCCAAGAGCACGCAGCGUACAGGCUGUGUCGGUUCGCUGGGCGGCUUUGGCGGUGUGUUUGACUUGAAGGCACUGGGUAUGAACGACCCGCUGCUUGUGAGCGGUACAGAUGGUGUGGGCACGAAGCUGCGUGUGGCGCUCGACUUCGGCAAGCAUGAUACGAUUGGUAUUGACUUGGUCGCCAUGUCGGUGAACGACCUGAUCGUGCAAGGCGCGCAGCCGCUCUACUUCCUCGACUACUUUGCCUGCUCCAAGCUGGAUGUCGACACGGCUUCGGCUGUGGUGAGCGGCGUGGCGGAAGGCUGCCGUCAGGCGCAGUGCGCGUUGAUCGGUGGUGAAACGGCUGAGAUGCCAGGUAUGUACGUCGGCGACGAGUACGAUGUGGCAGGCUUUGCUGUUGGUGCGGUCGAGCGUAGCGCGAUUCUUCCACGCAUGUCGUCGAUGCAAGCAGGCGAUAAGCUUAUUGGUCUGCGCUCGAGCGGCGUGCACUCCAACGGCUACUCGCUCGUGCGGAAGGUCGUGGCCAAGUCGGGUGUGUCGCUGCACGCGCCGUGCCCCUGGGGCGCGCCUGGGUCGGUCGUGGAUGGCGUGUCGACGCCAGCGACGCUUGGCGAGGCGCUCCUUGCGCCGACGCGUAUCUACGUUCAGGCACUGCACCAUGUCCUUCACUCCACUGAUCAUGCCGUGCUGGGUCUCGCGCACAUUACGGGCGGCGGUUUUACCGAGAACAUCCCGCGUGUGCUGCCUGACGGUCUCGGCGCGCACAUUGAUCUGAGUACGUGGGCCCGCCCCCCGCUGUUUGCCUGGCUGCAGCAGCAGGGCCACAUUGAGGCGGCAGAGAUGGCACGUACAUUCAACAACGGUAUCGGUAUGGUCCUCGUCGUUCCCGCCUCGGCCUGUGACGCGACGUGUGCGGCAUUGCAGGCUGCGGGUGAAGCACCUGUCACCAUGGGCGAGCUUACGUCGCAGCCGGGCGUGACGUACGCGCACUUGGACUCGUGGACUAUGUAG